CAGACACAGCUUGUUGUUUUAUGGGUCGGACCAACUCACUCGCUAGGUGGGUAGGCCCGUUACGUGACCGCUUUCUCAGAAUCCGCUCUCUUUUCAUCCACCGCCUUGCCUAGAUUCAGUUGGUUCCUUCAUCUCUGUUUUAUUCUCGGAUCGGUAGUGGUGCGUAGGCUACAAAAGCGUCUUACAGACUGGGUUCAGUUGUUGUAUGUCUCUAUCUACCAACCAUCUACCCUCCCAAUAUGCCACAAGAUCUUCCGGGUUUCUAUUAUGAUGCGGAGAAGAACAGGUAUUUCCCCAUCAAAGGGCCAAUCCCUGGCUCUUCUCGCAACUCUGCUUCUUUGCCUACUGCUCAAGAUACAAUUUCAAAACAAAACCAGGCAAACAACCCAAAUAGGAGAAUGGUUAUCAAAACUGCGAAGCUGCUUCAGAUGAGGGAGUUGUAUGGUAAUGUGAUUACUUCCAGAAAAGGGAAGUGCAACUUUCAGGAGGAAUACCAAAAGAUACAAGCAUCUCACCCAAUGAUUUGGAAGUAUCAUGAAACAGAGAGGAUUGGCGAUGGUGCUUUGGAACAGAUACAUGUUGAUGUAGACAUGCCAAAUGGUCAAAUUGGAACAGAUAUCCUAUUAGCAGGCGGUGUAAGUGGCUCAUUGAGUCUUUACGAAGUUGGAAACGUGGGACAACAAUUUUAUUACGGGGUAAACUGCACGCCAGAUCGUAUAUGGUCUCUUAAUAUUGAUAACCAAGGGCGGUCCAUGGAAGCAGCUAGUCAUCUUUGGAGACCUACAGGAGCUUCGAUGCAAAUGCCAUCAAAUAUAUCUUGUGUAAAGAUGUUUGGGAAACAUUCUACUCAUUUUGUUGAUGCUUCAUCCAUGCAGCGUAUUUUGAUAACUACGCUGGGAUCAGAAACAUCUGGUGGAUCUGUUAAUGUUCUGAACCUUAGUGAACCAUUAGAUUAUAAUCCAAGUAUUCCCAUAAUAAGUAGAAGAAUGAAUGAAGUUGCUUCGUUCAGUUGUACAGUUUGGACUGCGGAUUGCAACUCUAAUAGGAGUCAAGCAGUGAUAGGCACUAAUCUUGGAGCUGCCUUAGUAAAUUUGGAAACUGGAAGGUCGUCAUGGGUGUGUCAUUGUAAAAGCGACAUUUUGUCCGUACAACUUGAUCAUUCGGGUAACAUUGUUUUAUGUGGUCUAAGAAAUGGAGCAAUUGUGACGGUUGAUGCUCGCCAGAAACCAGAAGAUUUUUCUGCUAGACUUACAAGACAUCGAAUUUCUUACCCUUCUUGUGGAAUCAGUGAGCCUUCAAGCAGAAGUGAUCGAAAAUUUUCUAGACAGUGGUUUGAGCUGAAAGGGAACAUAUAUCACACUCAUAACAUUUUUAUGCCUUCAUCUAUUUCCUGUUUAGUCUCACUUCAGUUGUAUGACCAGUACUUCCUUGCAAGCUCCAUGGAUGGAUCGAUUAAGCUUUAUGACCAUCGUCUCAUCCAGAGAGGGGCUGUACAAUCUUAUGAUGGGAAUGUGAAUUCCCAUUCUCGUAUACAGCUUGGUGUUGACCCAUCCGAGAAAUAUUUUAUGUCAGGUGGAGAAGACUGCUAUAUACGGCUUUGGAGUAUCAAGUCUGGCAAACUUCUCUUUGAGGAUAAAUUUAUGAACUCUGUCCCCUCAAUUGUGUGCUGGCCAAGGACUGAAGGGCUUCUUGGAGUGCAAGAUGAAAGGCAAGACUACAGAGAUUAUUUAUAUGGUCGAAACCAUAGCUCGGGGGCAUGGCUUGGAUCUCUAGAAGGACUAUUUUACAUGUGUUGGACAUGACUUAAGAUUGAUUACAAAGUAUAAAAUUAGUGUGAGGAGUACUGAAAUGCUUCAGAGACUCCAUAGUGGAAAGGACUUUGGUGGUGCAUCUUCUUCGGUUCGUUGUAAUGUGACAGAAUGGUUUAUGGAAGUUGGCUUCAAAUUGAAGUGGGAUAGAGGGAUAGAGUGAUAGACGCUGAUGAUUUUGACCUUGUUCAGGAGCUAGGAUUCUGGACUGAAGCAGAGCUGCCAGUUGCUGUAUUUGGGGUCUGUAGCUGGCUUUUAACUUCAUGAGGUUUUUGUUCCUAGUUGAUUGUAUUUAUCCUUUUAAUGGUGUAAGAAAUUUUCCAAUUGAGUUAAAAAAAGUUUAUGAGUUAAAAGUUA